AUGACGAGGUACACGAAACUCGAUGGUCGCCGGUCAGUAGGUACAGGGACACGGCCAGAAGAUUUUGGGGUAGACCCUGAUGAUUAUGUCGACGAGCCUAGCACUCAUCAGGAUACGCGCCAUGACUCUGAAUCCAAUGUAGCAGAGCCCAAAGCUCUUUUCAAGCGUGCCAAGCUGCUACGCCUGAAAGCCAAAAAAGCCAAGUCUGAUGAGGUUCGACAGAAGCAUCUGAAAGAAGCCAAAAAACUAGAAAGUAUGGCGACUCAUGCUAAUGGAGCACGUGGCGCUCUCGGCAAACGCAAAGGACAAGGCCUUGAGUCGACACGCUCCUCGCGUCCUCGUUUAGAACCUGAUCAGCGAACUGCCUUCCGCCGUGCCAAACGUGCUGAAGAAAGGCAGGCAGGCAUGCGCUGCUACGUGUGCCGCGAGCUAUCGCAUUCCGCGAAGGACUGUCCACACAAUAUCGGCGCUGGCGCACAGGGCAAAGACACGGUUGGCCUGUGUUUCCGGUGUGGUAGCACCGAACAUACGCUAUCGCAGUGCAAGAAACCCAGGACAAAGGAUCAUGAUGACCUGCCUUUUGCCACUUGCUAUAUUUGCACACAGAAGGGACAUCUUGCAUCAAAGUGCCCGCAAAACCAGGGCCGUGGCGUGUACCCUGAUGGCGGUCAAUGUAAAGUAUGUGGGUCUGUGGAGCACUUGGCCAAAGAUUGCCCUAUGGAUCCUCGCCGGGUGACGCAUGCCUCUCAGGUGGAAGCUGGCGGUGUAGGCAUUCUCGAGAGUGUGGAUGGUGCCGGGGCUGAUGAGGACGAAUUCCAUCUUUUGACGCAGCGCCGACACGAGGCCAAGGCGGCUAGCCAAAAAGAACCUCGUCCUACUAAGAAAGUAGUCCAUUUCUGA